AUGGGAUCGCAGACCUACGAUUUCAUCGUGGUCGGAGCUGGAUCAGCUGGAUGUGCAAUUGCAGCAUCCCUCGCCAAAUCAGCCAAGCGGCCAAAUGUCCUACUACUAGAAGCAGGUGGACGCAAUGACGACAAGUCUCUGCGACUCUCCGGCAAGCGAUGCAUAACCUUCCAGGAACCCAAUAUGAACUGGGGCUACAAGACCACUCCCCAAGAGCACUGCAACGGUCGUGAACUCCUCUUUCACCGCGGCAAGGGUCUCGGCGGUAGCACAGCCAUCAACUACGGCCUGUAUACCGUCGGCGCCAGAGAUGAUUAUGAUCAGUGGGCUGCCGAAGUAGGCAACGAUACGUUCGACUGGACGAACAUGCUGCCCAGGUUCAAGGCGUUGGAAACCUUUUCUGGAGAAAUUGCCCGCCCCGAACACCAGAAGUAUGUAGCGCCUCAGGCGGCAGACCAUGGCGACAAGGGUGCUCUGCGUGUUGGAUAUGUGAAGGAGUGGGAGGUUGAUUUAUCGCCGAUUCUGGAUGCCUUUAAGGAAGCUGGUCUCGAACAAAACUUGGAUCAUAACUCGGGAAACCCGCUUGGCCUGAGUGUGUCGAUCACUUCUGUAUCCGAUGGUAUGAGAAGUACAGCAGCGGAUUUGCUGGAUGAUGCAUCGGAGAACCUCGUUAUCCUCCCUGAUAGUCCAGUGCAGCGCAUUAUCCUGGAGGGCAAGAAAAGCCGUGGGCGUUCAGAUAUCAAUUCUCCAGACUUUGCAUCCAAAGAAGUUAUCAUCAGUGCAGGAUCCCUCGACAGCCCAAAGAUCCUCAUGCACUCUGGUAUCGGUCCAGCCGCCGAACUCACCAAAUUCAACAUCCCCGUUAUUCAUGAUCUACCAGCCAUCGGCCAGGGCCUAAAAGACCACCCCUUCACCCCUUUCCUCGUCGCCCGAAACCCAGAAACCAACGACCGCAACGCGUUCUACGGGGACCCAGAAGCCAUGGCUGCCGGCAUGAAGCAAUGGGAAAAAGACGGCACAGGACCCUGGACCCGCUACGGUGGCCAAAUCGCCAACGGCUGGUUCAAAUCAGACCGGAUCACCGCAUCAGAAGAAUUCAAAGCACUCCCCGACCAGAUGUUCCAGGAUUACAGCUACAAGGGUCUGGCCGUAUUCCUGAUGAACCAGCAAUCAAUUGGCGAAGUCCGUCUCAAAUCCUCAGACCCAGACGUCCCACUCCUCUUCGACCCUCAUUUCCUCGAACACCCCUUCGAUCUUCGCGCCUGUAUCGAGAUGUACAAACACCUCCUCGAACUAACCGAUCACCCAGCCUUCGCGAAAGACACCAUCGCAACGCUCAUGCAGCCCGCGUCCCGUUCUGACGAGGAUAUCCUGCAGUUCGUGAAAAACAAUGUCUCAUCAACUUUCCAUAUGACUGGUACGGUGAAGAUGGGGAAGGAGGGGGAUGAGAGUGCUGCUGUUGAUACUUCGUUCCGCGUGUUUGGCAUUGAGAAUUUGCGGAUUGCGGAUAUGAGUGUUGUGCCUGUUUUGACGAAUAAUCAUACACAGGCUACGGCGUAUGUUACUGGUGCUACCUGUGCGGAUGUUUUGAUCAGAGAUUAUGGCUUGGAUCAAUAG